CCAACACCGCGCACACCAACACUUUUUGCCUAUCGUUCCUCUCACUGAGUCGAUCAUUCUUGACUCGUUCGAACCUCCUCUUCCUCCUCCAUUUCUCUGAUUUCUCCUAACCAAGGUUGAUCAUGUCGUUUUUCCGAGGUCUUUCAAAUCUCUCCAAGCUUCGUUCUCGAGUUGGUGAACAAUCAUGUUUAAGCAGUUCCGUCAGAUGGAUUCAGAUGCAAAGUUCAUCUAGCCUUGACCUUCGUUCCGAGUUACAAGAAUUGAUUCCUGAACAACAGGAACGGCUGAAGAAGAUAAAGAAAGAAUAUGGAACCGUCCAGCUUGGAAACAUUACUGUUGACAUGGUAUUGGGCGGAAUGAGAGGAAUGACUGGUUUACUUUGGGAAACUUCCUUACUUGACCCAGAAGAGGGCAUUCGGUUUAGGGGCUUGUCUAUACCUGAGUGUCAGAAACUUUUACCUGCUGCAAGUCCAGGUGGAGAGCCAUUGCCUGAAAGUCUUCUUUGGCUUCUUUUAACCGGAAAGGUUCCGAACAAAGAGCAAGUAGAUGCUUUAUCAGCAGAGUUGCGGGAACGUGCUUCAAUCCCAGACUAUGUGUACAAAACAAUUGAUGCCCUACCAAUUACUGCUCACCCAAUGACCCAGUUUUCUACCGGUGUUAUGGCCCUUCAGGUUCAAAGCGAAUUUCAGAGGGCCUAUGAAAAAGGGAUCCAUAAAUCAAAGUUCUGGGAGCCGACAUAUGAGGACUGCCUUAAUUUGAUCGCUCAAGUUCCUGUGGUUGCAGCUUAUAUCUAUCGUAGGAUGUAUAAGAAUGGACAGAUUAUACCACUGGAUGACUCUCUUGAUUAUGGUGCAAAUUUCGCUCACAUGUUGGGAUUUGAUAGCUCUCAGAUGCUCGAACUGAUGCGGCUUUAUGUCACAAUUCACAGUGAUCAUGAAGGUGGAAAUGUUAGCGCACACACUGGCCAUUUGGUGGGUAGUGCACUUUCAGAUCCUUAUCUUUCAUUCGCAGCUGCGUUAAACGGGUUAGCUGGCCCACUCCAUGGAUUAGCAAACCAGGAAGUCCUGCUGUGGAUUAAGUCGGUUGUUGAUGAAUGUGGAGAGAACAUCUCGACUGAGCAGUUGAAAGAAUAUGUUUGGAAGACACUUAACAGUGGCAAGGUUGUACCUGGAUACGGCCAUGGAGUUUUGCGGAAGACAGAUCCAAGAUACUCAUGUCAGAGAGAAUUCGCGUUGAAGCACUUACCUAACGACCCACUUUUUCAAUUGGUAUCGAAGUUGUACGAAGUAGUGCCUUCUAUUCUACUAGAACUUGGAAAGGUCAAAAAUCCAUGGCCAAAUGUUGACGCUCACAGUGGAGUUCUGUUGAACCACUAUGGUUUGACAGAAGCCAGAUACUACACAGUAUUGUUUGGGGUAUCAAGGAGUCUUGGCAUUUGCUCACAGCUAAUAUGGGACCGAGCUCUUGGCUUGCCACUAGAAAGGCCAAAGAGUGUGACGAUGGAAUGGGUUGAAAAGUUUUGUAAGAAAGGAGCGUAAUACCGAUGGCAUAUUUAGCUUGCCACUAGAGACAUGACAAUGAAAUGUCUGGAAAAGUUUUAUAAGAAAGGAGCAUAAUACUAUUGGCAUAUAGCUUGUUAUUAUUCUUGAUGAAGUUUUGAUUAAUCAUUCAAUGGGAAUACUAUUCCUUUUGGAUAUAUAAGGGUAGUGAGGAAUUUUGUAUUCUCUAGGUUUUGCAACAAGUGUUGCGUUUUGUAUCCUCAUUUACAGAUAUUUUUGUGUUAUCAUGUUAUUGUAUGUAUUCUCCUGAAGUGUAAUUGUGUUUGGCUAA